UUGAGAAUAUUAGUUGGUGCUCCAUUAAGAAGUCCACCAAAGCAUCAAACUGUGUUAGACUCAUUGGUGCCUGUUUUUACUUCUGUUGACUCUGAGACUGCAAGUAUUUCAGCACCUGUUGACAAGGAUAAAUUCAUUCGUCCAGAAAGUUUAAAUAAUUUUGUAAUAUUUUGCACCAGUGAUUUUACCACUGUUUCCAAAGAAGUUCAUGUGAGAACACGUAGAGUACGAUUAGUUGGGCUAGAGGGAUCUGGUAAAACUACUCUUUUAAAGGCUGUCUUGAAUAAGUGUAAACCGAAUUCUGCCACCAAUGAGAAUGUGGUUCCAGAGGUUGAUGUGCGAGAAGUUAUUGCUGGUGGUUUGUGCUAUUGUGACUCCACUGGAAUAAAUAUGCAGGACUUGAAUGUGGAAACCUCUCGCUUCAGGAAUGAACUAUGGCUUGGAAUCCGUGAUCUAAGUCGGAAGACUGAUUUGAUUGUUUUUGUUCAUAACUUAUCCCAUAGCAUACCUCGAUGUAGUAAUUCAAAUGAUACUCAACAAAGGCCAGUCCUCUCAAUUUUCCUGGAUGAAGCUAAAUCUCUUGGAAUUCCUUGGGUUCUUGCAAUCACAAACAAAUUUGCAGUUAGUGCACACCAUCAAAAGGCUGCAAUUGAUGCUGCUUUGAAAGCAUACCAAGCAUCUCCUAGCUCAGCUGAAGUUAUAAAUUCUUGUCCAUAUGUUAUGUCUGGAUUUGUUGGGGCUUCUCUUUCUUUGGAUGCAACCAAUAAAGAUUCUAAUAGAAGGGUUGGUGCUGAAAAGCUUAUUUUUGCUCCUAUUAACUUCAUUAGGAAGCCUUUCCUGAAAAAGGAAAUUGUUCUUCCAGUUGAAGGGGUAAAUUCUCUUUGUCAGCAAAUCCACCAUAUACUCCGCAGUCAUGAGGAGUCUUCCUUUCAGGAAUUUGCAGCAGAUAGGCUUAUGAUGGAAUUGGCACGAGAACAGGCAAUGUCAAUUGAGGCAAGUAGAGAUGCUCGAGCUAAGGCAAAUUCAUUGAAUUCUGCUGCUGUGGGGGCAUCCGUUGGUGCUGGUCUUGGUCUUGUCCUGGCAAUUGUGAUGGGGGCAGCAUCUGCCCUGAGGAAGCCCUAAGUACCAAAUUUUCCUUAUAAUUGACCCGGUGCUUGCUCAACAGAAAGUUUGGUUGUGUCUGCCCGGUGUUCAAAUAAUUUUUGUUAUUAGGAUUUCAUUUUUUUUCCUCGGUACUAGGAUAGAAGAAACUCGUAUGAAAGUAAAUUUUUAUUUGCUUGUCACUAUAGCGACAUAUUUUCACUCAUU